AUGGCCCAACUCUCGACCAUUCCGGACUUCGAUUCCUUGCCCAAAGUCAAGGGGAUGCCGCAGGGCUGUGCGUGGGGUGUUUUCGACAAGGACGGCAAGAAAGACCAUCUAGGGACUCUUAAUCUCAUCACGCCAGAUGUUGUCCAGGAAGCCGUGAAGGAGGUCCGAGAUGGGGUAUCGAUUUCGUUGAACUGGUCCUUGGGCGCCAUUGCCGAAGCUGGAUUCGGACGGCGAGCGCUCAAGCACAAUGUCAUCGACAUGUCAGAAGGUGCACUGCGUACCGUCGCCUUCGACGACGAGGUGUCCUUUAACACCCAGUGUUCAAGCCAGUGGGACAGUCUUGUCCAUGUCGCGCACCAGCCGACCGGCCUGCAUUACAAUGGCACCAGGCCUCGCAAGGACGACCUGGUGCAGCCGUACGGGAAAGUUGACGUGGACAAAGCAUUGCCCACUCUCAACCACUGGCACGAGCGUGGGUGCAUGGUAGGGCGCGGCGUCCUCUUAGACUAUCGCGAAUAUGCCCGAGAGCAUGGGAUAAAGUACGACUGCUUCGACGCGCACGCCAUCUCUGUCCAGGAUCUUGAGGCGGUUGCGAAAUACCAAUGCACAACUUUCAAGCACGGCGACAUCUUACUGAUCAGGACCGGGUAUACUGAGGAAUUAGACGGGUUGGACGCCCAAGGUCAGGCACGACUGCUCGGCACCCACAAAGCUGUCGGUGUAAAGGGUAAUCGAGAAUCAGCUAGAUGGAUUUGGAAUCAUCAUUUCGCCGCUGUCGCAGGCGACCAGGUGGCAUUCGAAGUGAUCCCGCCAACCAUCGAAGAGGACAACAACCGUGUGGGUGGGUUGAACGAACUCGUCCUCCACCAAUAUUUCCUCAGUCUCUUCGGCCUAUGCAUUGGCGAACUGUGGGACCUGAAGGCGCUUGGGGAACACUGCCGGAAGGUUCGCCGCUACGAGUUUCUGUUGACUAGUGCACCGCUCAACGUGCCCGGCUCGGUAGGUUCGCCACCAAAUGCCUUGGCUAUCUUUUGA